AUGGGUGGAGUCAUUUCCCGGUGCCGCAGGGAACGCGCCAGCACAAAUGUGACGUCGCAGAUAGUACAACUGAAGGGCCAGAGGGAUGUCUUGGAGGAGCACCGCGCCUCCCUGGCGCAUCGCCUGGCGGAGCUUGAGGAGACAACUCGGAACCACGUGCGAACUGGGGAAAGGGACAAAGCGUUGAUGUGCCUUCGCAAAAAGGCCCUGAUCAACGAUCAGUUGUCAAAGGUGGACACUUACCUCUACCAGGUGCUGCAGGUGAUUUCGGAUACGGAGAUGGCCCAGGUCAACUUCGAUGUGUAUAAGCACCUCAAGAUAGGCACCGAGCUAGUGGCCAAGAUAUCGCAAGACAUGAAACUCAACGACAUUGAGGAGCUUAUGGAACUCAAGCAGCGGUGCAACGAUGAUAUGGUGGAAGCUGGUCAGAUACUAGCCCAGGGACUCGCCGAUGUGGACGAAUCGGAGCUGCUGCGGGAGCUUGAUACGCUAUGCGGUGCGGCCGCAUCUCCGGCGCCAGAAGCAGUAGCUUUAACACCUACCGACGUGCGAGAGGCGACUAAGGAAGAUGCGCAGUCAUCAUCGGAGCCUGCGCAUACACUCACUACCAAUCUGCCGGAAAAGCUGCCCGACGCACCUCGUGCGGAGCCUGCGCAGAAAGUUGCGAUUCCGUCCUAA